GCCUCCCAUUGCUGCUGCCAGGCCCGUAAUCUGCCAUGGGCCCCUGUACCGCCUCCUCAUGCUGCUGCCAGGCCCGUAAUCUGCCAUGGGCCCCUGUACCGCCUCCUCAUGCUGCUGCCAGGUCCAGAGUCUCUCAUGGGUCCCUGUACGGCCUCCCAUUGCUGCUGUCUCCAUCGCCACACUCUGCCAUGUGCCACUUUCAGGUCUCCUCACACUGCUGGUGGGUUCCAUUUUUUGUCAUAGGGUGCUGGCAGAUUAUGGGCCUCCCAUUGCUGCUGCCAGGCCCGUAAUCUGCCAUGGGCCCCUGUACCGCCUCCUCAUGCUGCUGCCAGGUCCAGAGUCUCUCAUGGGUCCCUGUACGGCCUCCCAUUACUGCUGUCUCCAUCGCCACACUCUGCCAUGUGCCACUUUCAGGUCUCCUCACACUGCUGGUGGGUUCCAUUUUUUGUCAUAGGGUGCUG